GACCAGAGCACUCGCGGGCGCGACUAUAAAUACUGCAAUAUUCUGGAACCUUCUCCUCACCAGUUCGACCAAUUAUUAAUACAUGAGGAUGCGGGCCGUGGUAGUGCUGGCCUUGGCGUUGGUGCUAGGCCUAGUCGUCGUGGGGCCGUCGGAGUCGGCGACGUGCAACCCCCUUGAUUUGAUCCCGUGCUCAGCGGCGGUUCUGUCGGGGGCGCAGCCGUCGCCGUCGUGCUGCGCCAAGCUGAAGGAACAGAGGCCGUGCUUUUGCCAGUACAGCAAGAACCCCAACUUGAAGCAGUACGUCAACUCCGGCAACGGCAAGAAGACGCUCGCCACCUGCGGCGUCGCCGUCCCCUCUUGCUGAACUGCCUGAUGCCUGUGAUUUCCUCUGGGAGGAUGAGAAAUCUUAAUUCCAGCAUAUCACGUUCGGCACAAGGAAUUAAUGUGUCUCCUUUAUAGACGGUGUGGAUGGAUAAAUAAUCUAGAUUAUUAAUAUUUCUGUGUGGCAAUUAAGUUAUAUCAAUGCUUCUAAAUUCAAUAAAAUUUGGCAUAAUAAUUAUAUA